UCACUAGAGAGAGGUGUUGCAGAAAGGCAGAGAUUGGAGAGAAUUCUUCCGUCUUUGAGUGAGAGUUGUACUUACAAAAUCACCCGAAAAGUCACAUUUCUUUACACAGGAGAGAGGUCUGCUGUGUGCUACACGGCUACUUAAUCGUUCAAGGACAAUUUGUUGCUGGGUCUUGAGUGAAGUGAGUAAUGGAAUCAUUGUAGUUUAAAAUUGAAGCUUUAUUGAAAAGUUUUUAGAUUUUGGGGAGAAACCGUAAAAUGCAAAACGUAACUAAAACUUGUCUAGCGUGGAGUCGUAGGUGAAGACAAAUAGAUGAGAGACAGGAUCAGUUUAAGAGUGAAAGUUGGUGAGAAUUUUAAGAAAUGAAGACAAUUUUAGCAUUUUUAGUGAACUUUUGUGCAACAUAAAUGUGGGGAAAUUCGUCUAUCUUCUCCUCCACAUUUAUAAACUGGAAAGGGAGCUGUACUAGUAAUUUCUUACUGGAUGGUGGCCCCUGUGGCGGAUUGCGCCCAAGUCUCGUCGACAUCACCACCACCAAGACCACGAUCUCCGAAAAGUUAUGCAUGCCACGAGUGCACAACGUGUCGUUUCAUUAAAACGGAAACACAGCUUGGAACGGGCCCGCAGUAGGAGUCGCCUCCAACGCGGUCUUACGAAUGGCGACCUCUCCCGCGACGAGCCGGAUGAAGACGAUAAGGUGAAUAAUUCACCCCACAAGUCGUGGUAUGUGAGAAAAUGGAAUGAACGGAGAGCCGCGUUCGCAUCAGCUAAAAAGAGUGGCCGCUGGCACCUAUUCCACAUGUUUGCCAUCGUUGCCUUGCUCGGGGUGGGGUUAAUGGUUGGCUCCCUGUUCGUCGGUCCGGCCGCCGGAUUACUCGAAAUUGGUGUGAGUGCCCUCCUUUUCUCCAUAUUUUGUCUCAUCUUCGUCCGCUGUGAUGAAGACAACACGGACGAUAAGGUGGAGACCGGAGGGGUCGAAUUUUCCGACAUUGUCAUUGAAGAAAAGGGACCUGAUGGGGGUGAAGGAGGGGAAAAGUUGGCAUGCCAAAGUGGUGACGAUGACGAGGAGGAUGGUUCCGCGUCGUCCCUGUUGACGCGAAGUAAUCCGAGACGAAUCCCAUCCCCUUUACGCGUUUUUGGUUAUGAAAUGAACUUUUCACCAAUUCCGGAAUGUUCAGAACCAGGGUCGAGCGCGAGUAGUUUUCUGACCAGGAAUAAUAAUAGUAUGUCGCGGAUGGCGAAUUCUUCCACGGGCGACAGUCUGUCCCGGGUGAGCAGUAAGACGUCCUGCACUGCGGGGAAGGAAGGAAGUCCGAUCACGGAAGAGGGGGAAGAUUUCGAUUAUGACCAACAAUUACAACUUAAAUUGGACGAUAUGGGACCACGACCCAUAUUUCAAACCUACUCGAUUGACGAUGACUCAUUUGAUCACGACCUCUUGUCCCUAUCUCCGUCGAAACUUUCCAACAAUUCGGCCAGUUUUGACGACACGGACGACAGCAUCACGGCCGACUUAUCCGUCGUGACGGUCAUUGGACGGGGCGAUUGCGCCAGUAGCAGCCCAAAAGAAUCGACAUCAUCUCGAACACCAACUCCGCCGUGAAGUUGUAGAUAUCAAAUUCUCUGCAGACAGGCGACAAAUAAAAAAAUGGAAUCAAUGGGAAAAUUCAGUUCAAUAUUUUUAUCACUUAUCAACACAGAAAUAAUAUAUAAAGAAAAUUAUGAUAAUACUAGUUCGAUAAUCUUUUUUGUAUGUACUAAAAUUAAUUAGUUUAGUAAAUUAGUAAAUAUGACUCCUCAGCUCGGUAAUGAUUCCAGCAGAAUAAUAAAUUGUGAUCGAUUUUAAAUCGGUCACUUAAAUAGUUAAAAAAUAGGUUUAAUUGCUACAUUAAAUUUGCAGCAAUACAUAAUUACCCUCAGAAUAUAUAAAUUGUUAUAAAUUAUAUUAUUAACUUAUAAACUUGAGUCUAAUGAAUAGUUGGCCUUGUUAUAAAGUUGACACACGCAUGCAUUCCGUCAACUUUUAUAAAUAAUUAAUUAUAAUUAUUGAUCUAAAAAACGCGUGCAAAUAAUUUUGCUGAUGUUUGCAUAUUGUUGCAAAAUUGCCACUAUUUAAAUAAAUACAUAUUUGCGAAUUGUUAAUAAGUAGAGAAGCCUCUUACGCUCUAAUAAAAUAAUAAUUAAAACUGAAUUUCUAAUUUUAAGCAAAAAUUGCCAAAUCGCAUAGUCUUGGAAAAAUAGGAUGCCGUGUUAUUAGCAUUAAAUAAAAGCGUGUUAAAAAUAAAGAGACUAUCAGCGUUCGAAAUGAAUUAAAUUGUGUAUUUCAUAAGAUAAAUAAAAAAUAAAUUAUUAAUACACUUAUGUAUGAAAUGAGAUUAUUAUGUAAGUUUUAGUCAAUAAUUGUAUGUGAAAGUUGGGAAAAUUAUAUAAAAAUGUUGGCUGGGCAGAACAUGGAUAAA